AUGUAUAUGAACUCGGGGAAGAUCUGGGUGAAGUGCGAUAAGUGCGGGAAAAAGAUGAAGAGGCUUCAGGUGAUCGACACGCUGGACGAGACGUACAAGACGAUCAGACGCGCCCAGGGCCUCAUGGCCCUGCAGAAAGUGGACGAAGCCUUGGAACUCUUCAUCGGCGUCAUGACCACCCUGCAGACGUGCGUCGCCCCGCCCGACUGCUCCCUGCACGCCUGUCUGCAGUUCAUCCGUCAGUGCAUGCUCGGCUCGGGCAGCGUCCACGUCAACGGGUCGCUCCCCAACGCGUGAUGCCCGGUUGUGUGGAAGAAUGGCCGCCGAGUGUUUUCAGAGGCGUGAAUGAAGUCCGAAUCGAUUGGAGAGAUUGCAUCAUUUGAAGGAAAAUGUCCUGGUGAUGAUGGUCUCAGUACAACAAUAAAGCCCAGAUUGUGGUAUCAAAUGUGUUGCCUCUCCAAUCCAAACCCUAGAUGAUACAGUUACAAAG